UACCGUCUGUGUGCGCAGCGGGACUACAGUACCCAGAGUGCACCGCGGCCGGUGGACUGUAAACACACAUGAUGGAGUCUCUGAGCUGAAGGACGAACAGGCAGAUGAUCGUGUUUGUGCGGUAUAACCUGGGGCCGGGUGUGGCCGUGGAGCUGCAGGAGGAGGCGAGCGUGGCCGAGCUGAAGGAGGUGGUGGGGAGUCAGCAGGGAGUCCGACCGGAGCAGCUCAGGGUUCUGUUCGCUGGGAGGGAGCUGCAGAGCGCCGCCACACUGCAGGGUUGUGACCUCCCGGAGCAGAGUACCGUCCAUGUGGUCCUCCCUCCAUCAGGUUCCUCCUCCUCCCAGCUGCUCCUCCUGCAGGAGCGCCUGGCUCGGGGCGGGGAGGAGGAGCAGGACAGUCUGACCAGGCUGGACCUCAGCUCCUCACGCCUCCCCUCCACCUCCUCCGGCCUGGCGGUGAUCCUGGAGGGGAGCGAUGGAGGAGGAGCAGAGGAGGUGACAGAGGAAGUGACAGAGGAGGCCACAGUGGUGGUGACAGAGGAGGCGCAGGCUGCAGGACGGCGUCCCUGCAGUACUUUCUUUGUGUUCUGUAAGAGCUGCCGGUCGGUCCAACCAGGAAAACUGAGAGUUCGCUGCAGAAGCUGCAAACAGUCGACGCUCACACUCAGCAGGGGUCCGUCCUGUUGGGAUGACGUUCUCCUCCCCGGUCGUAUCCAUGGCAUUUGUCAAUCAGAAGGUUGUCAAGGCAACCAAGCGGAGUUCUACAUGAAGUGUGCGUCCCAUCCGACCUCAGAUGACGACCUCUCUGUUGCCCUCGACCUCAUCAUGACCAACAUCAGAGACGUCCCCUGCAUCGCCUGCACCGACGUCAUGGACGUCGUCCUGGUCUUCCAGUGUCCGGAGCGUCAUGUGAUCUGUCUUGAUUGUUUCCGUCGUUAUUGUCAGACUCGACUAGACGAGCGUCAGUUUGUUCAUCAUCCUGUGAUUGGCUACUCACUGCCGUGUGCAGCUGGCUGUACAGACUCUCUCGUUAAAGAGCUGCAUCAUUUCAGGAUUUUAGGGGACGACCAGUAUGGGCGGUACCUGCAGUUUGGGGCGGAGCAGUGCCUGCUGGUGAUUGGAGGAAUCAUGUGUCCGUCCUGGCUGUGGGGCGGGGCUUCUCCCACCUGCUGACAGCAGGAGGGUGGAGUGUGACAGGCAGCUGGGCUGUGGGUUUAUCUUCUGCAGAGACUGCAGGGAGGAAUACCAUGAUGGCGGCUGUCAGACU